AUGGGUAAAUUUGUCCAAUUGCUCUCUCAUCCAACUGAGUUGAAAGCUGUCAUCCAAUUGAUGUAUUUCAGACAGCCGUUGCACCCACAAGGUGCAUCGAGCCAAUCCCAAGCAUCUAAAAGGUGCUAUGAGUUGUUAAACAUAACGUCACGGUCUUUCGCUGCAGUUAUUCAAGAAUUACAUCCAGAAUUGAGAGAUGCCGUGAUGUUAUUUUAUUUGAUUUUAAGAGCAUUAGAUACUGUUGAGGAUGACAUGACUAUUGAGCCUGAAAUCAAGGUUCCGUUAUUAAGAACAUUCCAUGAUAAGUUAAAUUUGAAAGAAUGGUCAUUUGAUGGAAAUAGUAAGACUGAGAAAGACAGAUGUGUGUUGGUUGAGUUCCCGUGCAUUUUAACGGAAUAUCACAAGUUGAAGGAAGAUUAUCAAGAUAUAAUUAAGCAUAUUACUAAGGAAAUGGGUAAUGGUAUGGCAGACUACAUCUUGGAUGAUAAUUUCAAUGUUAAUGGUGUAGCCACGGUUAGAGAAUACGAUUUAUACUGUCAUUACGUUGCAGGUUUAGUGGGUGAAGGAUUGACCAAAUUGAUGGUGUUGGCAGGUUUUUCUGAUAACAGCCUUUCCCAAGAUAAUUUUGCGAAGUCGGAAUCCAUGGGAUUAUUUUUGCAAAAAACCAAUAUAAUUAGAGACUACCAUGAAGAUUUGGAAGACGGAAGAUCAUUCUGGCCUAAAGAAAUCUGGGAAAAGCAUACCUCAUCUUUACCGUCAUUUCAUAAAGAUACAUCUUUAGAAAGUCAAGGACAUGGAUUAGCCUGUAUCAACGAAUUAGUCUUGAAUGCCUUAUGUCAUGUCAAAGACGUUUUGACGUAUUUGUCGUUAGUAAGGGACCCUUCGUGUUUCAAUUUCUGUGCUAUACCCCAAGUAAUGGCUAUUUCUACUUUAGCUUUGGUGUACAAUAACCCAAAUGUUCUUCAUGGAAAUGUUAAAAUAAGAAAAGGUACUACUUGCGGGUUGAUCCUUAAUAGCCGUACAUUACCUGGGGUUGUGAAAAUCUUCAAGCAUUACGUACAAGUAAUUAAUCAUAAGUCAUCUGUUCAAGAUCCAAACUAUUUAAAGAUUGGUAUUAAAUGUGGUGAAAUCGAACAAUUUUGCGAGUUGAUGUACCCUUCAGAAUAUGCUAUUCCAAAAGGAGUAGUAAAGCAAAAGCAGGAGAUUAACCACAAUAUCUUAGAAAGAGCCAGUGUUGAUGAUCAAGUUGCUGAAACUGUUAAUUUAGAAGAAACCAAAUGUAAUUUAGCUGUGGGAAUAAGUCUUUUAGUCGUUGUUGUUGUCGUAGCUUAUUUUAUACAUUAG